AUGAUGUUAACUGGCAAUACAUGUUUAAGUGCAUUGAUGUGUGGAUGUUGUAUGUUGAGUAUAUGUUUAAAUACAUUGAAAAAUGAUCUUAAACAAAUUCAAUUUCAAGAUUCAUUAUGUAUUUUUCGAGCAUAUAUUACUUAUGUAUCAGGUGCUCUAUUCAUGAAUUCAUUAUUAUUACAAGCUAUUCAUCGAUAUUUUACGGUUAUUUAUCGAACUCGUUUAUAUUUUCAAUCAAUUCGAUGUCAAUUUUUAAUAAUUUGUUUAACAUGGAUAUUUGUUUUAUUACAUCCUAUGCCAGUUGUAUUCAUUGGUGAUAUUCAUUACGAUGGUGACAAUCAAAUGUGUCAAAUAUAUCUUAAAUUUUCCUUUUCAACAAUUUAUAUAUCACUAUGUAGCUAUGGAAUUCCUACUUCAUUAAUUAUAUUUAUCUAUUUUAAAUUAUUUCGAUAUGUUCAUAAAAUAAGUACUCGUGUUAUACAUGCAACUACAUUAUUUCGUGCAAAAAAAGAAUUAAAAAUGGUUCAAUAUAUAGUUAUAUUAGUAGUUAUAUUAAUUAUACUUGGUUUUCCAUAUGUAUUGUUUAUAUUAAUAUCAUUUUUUACAAAUUUACCAAAAUAUCAUUAUCGAAUAGCUUAUCUAUUUAUUCAUGUAUCUUUAGUAUUUGUCUUAAUAGCUUUAUUUCAAUUUUCUAAAACUCUAAAAGUAGCAACCAUGAAAAGAAUAAAGAAACGAUUACAUAUAGUAGCAGUAAUUACAUGA